UCAAGUGCACACAUGUCAAAGCGUGGCAAGCACCAACCCGUACAAGCGGCAGGCAUCUCGGUAAAGAAGAGCUCACCGUGAUUAUCAACCACACCGGGCUACCAAAAGACUGAACCCACUCUCUACCGUAUGUACCGGUAUGACUGCCCAUGGAUUCGGGCGGAGCAACUCAAUUACUCGCUAUGCGUAGCCAAACAUCUAGCGUGCAAACGGCGCGCGGGGACUUUCGCUGAUUAUGGGGAAUAAAUGGAUCAAAUCCGGGAGUGAGUUCCCUGAAGGGUAGGCAGUGCAGUGACUCUUGCAAAGGCAAAUCCCACAAAAGCCGAGGUCAAGUGUGGAUUCGGUCCGCAUGGAGUCUUUGUUGUCCUGAGAAAGUUCCAUAUAUCCAUGCCCUCUUUGUUGGUCAUUGGGUGUUCUUCUUUGUUGUCUAGCCAAGCCUCUUGUCUACGAUUUCCCCUACAUCAUCACCAUCACCAUCAUCAGUAUUGCCUCGUUACAUAAAUAAAAACUCGCACAGAAAGCUCUGUACGUCUGUCUGCCACUCUUCUCUGGUUCUAUUUGCCACAUUCAUCCACUUGUAACAUCUAUAUACCGUCUUUCACAAGACAGCAACAAAGAUGGCACCCCUCAAGCCCCACUGGAUUUCCCCCUCGCACCCCGAGAUUCAAGAAGUCAUCAUCAAUGAUGCCGAAUUCACCUCCAUGUCCCGCUCCCGCGUGACCCUACCCCCUUUCGCCCUCUACGCCAAGAUGUCCUUCCCGCCCUGUACCCUGGCCGACAAGCCGACGUACGCCACGGUGCAGAUCAGCCGGGACCGACAUCUGAACCUCAAUAGCGACCUGCUGUACAUCAACCAUUCGUGUGAACCCUCGCUCAUUUUCGACACGGCCAACCUUGCGAUCCUGGUCGGACCCAAGGGUAUCCGCGCCGGCGAGGAGCUGACCUUCUUCUACCCGUCCACCGAGUGGCACAUGGCCCAGCCCUUCGACUGCCUGUGCGGCGCUGCCUCGUGCCGCGGCACCAUCUCGGGCGCCGAGGCAAUGUCGGCCAGUGACCUCGAGGGCCUCUGGCUCAACGGCUUCAUCCGCGAGAUGCUCCAGGAGCGUGAUGCCGCUGCUGCUUCCAAGGUCAACGGCAAUGGCAAGGUCAACGGUAACGGGACGGCGGAAAGGGCCUCUCAGACUGUCAAGGCGCUCCAGGAUGCCGUCUUCCAGGCCGAACGUGUGGUCGAGGCCACCAGGGCUGCUCUGCUGUCCUAUCAGGCUCAAUCCGCCGACGGCGACGGUGGCGGUGGUAAACACGUGCAGCCUGCCAAUGGCUAUCAGAAUGGGUUCAAUGGAGGACCAACCCGACGUGGCGCCACCUCCCGUGAGCUUAGUGGUGAGAUGGGGGGUGAUACCACCCAGGCUUGAGUCUCGGUGUGGAUGGACAUAAGUGUGCAAGUCUGCAUCAUUGGGUCCCUCCCCACCACCGGUUGUCUUCGCCUGCUAUCAGGACAUGUCAUAUAUAUAUAUAUAGUUAGCCUUGAGACACCCGCGAACCAAUCUGAAUUUUCGGCC